UUGAAAUCGCGGCGGUACCGGUCGAAUGAGUCGGAAAACGUUUCGUUUUGUGAGUGAUUUUUGGUGAAAUUAAAAUAGUGUUUUCGACAAAAGGUGAAGCCGGACAACUGGGGGCAUAGGUUAAAGACAGUUCCAUUCGCCGGGUCGAAGUGAUAAACAAAUCAGUUUUCGCCCGCUGUUGUUGGGGGAGGACAGCACCAUGUCCGACAGCGAAACACCUACUACUCGCAAUCCGGAAUUGGAACCGGAACCCACUGGAGGUGGGUCCGACGAGCCUGUUCCUGGGCCAGCCGGUUCUGCCAGUCAUCCUGAUUCGCUGCAAACCGACUCGGAAAACGCCAACAAUGCCAACCGGGAACUGGAGAUGAGGGAAGUAGCUGAAGCUUCCUCCGGUUCGGCUGUGCCGGAUGAGGAACAGGAAUCGGAAAAUGUUACCGAUUCCCCAAAGGAACCGGAAGCUUUUUCUGUUCCGGACAAAGAGAAAUCGGAGCAGGAUAAGUAUGCGGAGCAUAUCACUUACGACAGUGAUGGGGUGGCUGUUUACACCGAUCCGGAGAGUAAAUAUCAAUACAAAUGGUGUAAGAUAAAAAGUGAGUGGGUCGCAGCCGAUGGUUCGGCAAAAGUUGGGUCGGAAGCAGCUGAUCCGUACGAAAAUGAGCACUACCGGUGGUGCCACGAAGAGAAAAAGUGGAUUCCGAAGGAGAGUGUCAAGGAAACGGAACACUACCGGUGGUGUGAGGAUACCAAUAAGUGGAUCGCAAAGGAAAAACCUCAACAAGAAGAAGAUAAAACCUAUAGUGUGAUCGAUGGGGUUCAUCACUACACGGAUCGGGAUGGGGCGGUGUUUUUCUGGGAGGAAGAUAAGAAAGCUUGGUUCCCGAAGGUGGAUGAUCAUUUUAUGGCAGUGUAUCAGCUGAAUUACGGGUUUGUGGAUAAUACUUCGACGGCAAGUUCUUCGACUAAGGAAGAGGAACCAGUCAAGCCUGAACCGCCGGAAGAACCCGAGGACGAAGAUCCGCAAGAGCAGUCCAAAACUGGUCCAAGAAAACGGAAGGCGCCGCCACCUCCUCCGAAGUGGUUUGAGCUGAAACCGGAACAUAAUACUAAGGUUUACGUGAGCAAUCUCCCGUUGGACGUUACGGAUGAGGAGUUUGGGGAGCUGAUGUCCAAAUGUGGGAUGAUUCUGAAGGAUCCGAAGAAUAACAAGCUCAAGUGUAAGUUGUACCGGGAUGCCGAUGGAAAGAUCAAGGGAGACGGGUUGUGCCAUUACAUAAAGAUCGAAUCGGUAGACCUGGCGCUCAACAUUCUGGACAACUAUGACGUGCGUGGGCAAAAAAUCCGAGUGGAACGGGCCGAAUUUCAGCUGAAGGGCGAAUACAAUCCAGCCCUUAAGCCGAAGAUUCGCAAGAAGGAAAAAGAGAAGAUGCGCAAGAAGCAGGAAGCGUUGUUCGAUUGGCGCCCGGAAAAGAUGCGCGGUGAACGUUCCAAACACGAGCGCAUCGUCAUCGUGCGGAACCUUUUUGAGCCGGCCCUGUUCGAUCGGGAGGUCCAUCUGUUGCUGGAGUACCAGAACGAUCUGCGGGAGGAGUGCAACAAGUGCGGCACCUGCCGGCGGGUGGUGAUCUUCGAUCGGCACCCGGACGGGAUUGCCCAGGUGACGAUGAGUGACCCGGAGGAGGCGGAUCUGGUGGUGAAGCUGCUGAAUGGGCGCUUCUUCGGGCAGCGGAAGCUGGCCGCGGACAUUUGGGACGGAAAAACUAAGUACAGAAUCGAGGAAACCGAAGCCGACGUCAACAAUCGACUGGGCAACUGGGCCCAGUACCUGGAAAGUGGAGACGAACCGGAAGACAACAAACGAAAAUCACAAUCGGAAACUGCUGUGAAUCCCAAGCAAGCUACUGCUCCAUCAUCCGCAGAAUUGACUUCCGAUCGGAAGGCCGAGGACAAAGAUGACAAGGAAACGGAGCCCCCGGAAGCGGAAACCGGAAGUGAGGAGCCGGGAGAAGCUCAAAAGACAACUGCUGAACCCCUGCUCGGAGAACCGGUUGAAUCCGAACCGUCACCGGCAGAUGAAGGGUAGAUGUUUCUAUCUAGCUCCUUCUCCGAUAUGAUUUGUAUCUGGUUCUGUUUGUUGUUUGCCGACGACAAAAGUGAGACAUUUAGUGGGGUUCCAUCAUAAUCGCCACGAGCUGGGAAAUGAUUGUGUUUGGCCUUCAUUGAACAGAGAGCAGAGGUAGGUAUCUCGCAUUUUUCUUCUUCUAAAACAACCAACGAUUGAAAUAAAGAUGACUAAGGUCAAAACAGAA